UCGGCAGUCACAAGGAAGGACGGGUGUCCUGACGCUCGGAGCCCCCUCUGCCCAUCCCUGCAGAGCACGAACCACCCCCCCAUCUUGGCAGAAAGAGCUCCAUCCCCUUGCAUGAUGUCCAUGUGGCACAGCACAGAGGACACAUUCUGCAAUGAAGUCAUUGUCACCACUCUGCAGUUUCAAGUCACUCUCUGCAAAGUGCACAGACGCCUUACUGGCAGACCUGGAAUCCACCACUUCACAUAUCUCCAAACGACCAGUGUUUCUAACAGAGGAAACACCUUACUCCUAUCCAACUGGAAACCACACGUACCAGGAGAUUGCUGUGCCACCCCCAGUGCCUCCCCCACCUUCCAACGAGGCCUUGAAUGGCUCUGUGAUUGACCCUGUGGACCAGUGGCAACCCAGCACAUCCAGAUACGUCCACCAGCAACCUCAGUCCCAGUCUCCUAUAUACAGCUCUAGUGCCAAAAGCUCCAGUGCCUCAGUUCCCAAGGACGGGCUCAGCUCUCCUCCCCGUGCCAGUGAAGAGGAACACGUCUACAGUUUCCCCAACAAGCAGAAGUCUGCAGAACCGUCUCCCACAAUGACCAGCUCCUCUCUGGGCAGCAACCUCUCAGAACUGGACAGACUUCUUCUGGAACUGAAUGCUGUUCAACAUAAUCCUGCCAGUGGCUUCCCAGCAGAUGAAGCCAGCAAAAGCCCAUCACUGCCCAGUGUGAUUGGACCUCACUAUGUUGUCCCUGAGAGCAGCAGCCCUGUGGGAGGGAAGGCUGCACCCCCCACCAAAGAGAAGCCAAAGAGAAAUGGUGCACGUGGAAUUGAGGAUGUGCGUCCCAGCGUGGAGAGCCUGCUGGAUGAGCUGGAGAGCUCAGUGCCAAGCCCAGUCCCUGCAAUCACUGUGAGCCAGGGGGAGGUGAGCAGCCCCCAGCGCGUCACCGCCAGCCAGCAGCAGACCCGGAUAUCGGCUUCUUCAGCCACACGAGAACUGGAUGAGCUGAUGGCAUCUCUCUCUGACUUUAAGACUAGUUCCACUAUGUCUCUGAUUUCUGAACCUGCUCUAGAACCAGUUCCCAGUUCAGCAGAUGCAGAUUCCAACAACUCUUCUCACAGCUUAGCAGUGCAGUCCCAUUCCAAACACCCUUCUGCAGUGCACAGUGAGGACUCAGCAGUGCCAGCUGCUGCCCCCUCAGCGGUCCUCUGUGUGGAGAAGGGCAGUAACACUGUAGUUCUGCCUGCUUCUGGGUAUUCUGCUGCUCCUCCACGUAUCCCCUCUUUGCCACAAAUGGUCCCUGUGCCCCCACCACGAGUCUCUUCAGGUUCUGCUAUUUGUGGGGAGCAGAUGAGCUCUGCAAGUUUGGUUCAGCCGAGCAGGAAGUCUGACUCUUCUAGAGGUGUUUUCCAGGCUGUGCCAGCUUCUAGUGUGGAGCUUCUGAGUAGAUCUGCACGAGGCCUAGAGAAUGAUUUGGCAAAGGAGCCUGAGAAGAAAGAGCAGAGAACUGACCCCAAAGUCUCCAGUGUACCCAUUUCAAACACUUUAAAUGGUCGAGGGAAAGGGCAGAUACCUAAAGAGCUGAAUCAGCAGAAAGCAUUCAGAGACAGCUCAGCCCUUCCUUCUCAGGGCAGAAAUGUGGAAACAGCUUUAGAUGAGCUAUGGGCCCUGGAGCUGCCUACAAAUAUGCCAGAGGUACAUGCAAUGAAUGACAGCAUUUUGAAUCCUGUCUAUGAACCUUCUGUUGUGGCCCUGGAUCGGGGGCAUGUCUUUCCAGACACUAAAAACCAGUUGGGCUUUGUAGCAAAGCAAGGACAGGAGCUAAAGGCUGAAGUACCACAUGAAACCAAGGUAGAUGAUUGUCCUGAUCUGGCCAAGAAGAGGCAGGGCAGGGAAAGAACUCCUAGGAAGGCUGGCGCUGCUGACAAGAACAAAACUGGAGGACACCAGGAAAAUGAGCAGUUCAGAAGCUCUGCAGUUGCUCCAGAAUCUCCAGAAAACGUUUGGAAAGCUGAAUGGGAUCUGCCAUGCAUCUCCAAACCACCCAUUGAGAGGAUUUCUGCAUCAGGCCAGAUUAAAUCUUUAAUCAAGAGGACAAAAGAGACUGCAAAUGUGCAUCCAAUGUAUCGUGACCUCUCUCCAAGGUGUAAACGAGGUCCUGCCAUAUUUCACAAGACUGAGUCCCAGGAUCGCUUGGUUGAAGAGCUGCAGGACAAACUGGGCAUCACUAAACAGGAAGAGGAAAAAUGGAAAAGCCAGGAUGACUGGCUGACAGAGGGGGUCAUUAGCACUGCCAGACCCCAGGGGGAAGAACAGAAUGGUGAACAGCAAGUAGAGAAGGUCGUUUUUCCUCCAGAAUCCCCACUCCCCCCCAGGAGGACGGUCUCUGUUCUAGCCUCUUCCCCACUCCAGCCUUCCAAAGAAACUGCAAAGACAGUCCCUGCCAAUGCUGUUCCCUUUCACCUCUCUGACCCUGCACCUCUCCUCCCACCUCAGCCUUCCCAUGUGCCAUCUACCCCAGCUCCUAGUCCAGUCCCUUCUUCUUCCCUCAGCUUGGCUCCCCAGCCUCCCCUCCAGUGGGAAACUUCUAAUGAUGACUAUCAUGAACUUUCUGCUGUGGGCACCUCUCCUUCUGAAGAUCCUGGGCAUUCCUGUUCUCCCCAGACAUGGACCCCUAGCACCAAGACAGUUGUUUCUGUUGGCUGUCAGACUGAAGAUGAUGCUUGCUUCCCACAAGUGCAGGCAGGCUUCUCUCUUGCUCAGGUGACCUCUGCUCCUCCCCUCGUCCGCAGUGCCAACCUGCUGGCUGCGCAGCCUCCCCUGGUGCCCCCCACCCCUGAGAAGUUCAUGGCACAAGGGAAAGCUGGGAGCAGCUCCCCUCCAUCCAUAGCCUCCAAGCCUGGCAGCCAGCUGGAUACCAUGCUGGGAAGUCUCCAGUCUGACCUGAACAAACUGGGUGUAGCUACAGUUGCCAAAGGUGUCUGCGGAGCCUGCAAGAAGCCUAUUGCUGGGCAGGUAGUUACAGCCAUGGGGAAAACCUGGCACCCUGAGCACUUCGUCUGCACCCACUGCCAGGAGGAGAUUGGGUCCCGGAACUUCUUUGAGCGGGAUGGUCAGCCCUACUGUGAGAAGGACUAUCACAACCUCUUCUCCCCUCGCUGCUACUACUGCAACGGGCCCAUCCUUGAUAAAGUGGUGACAGCUUUGGACAGGACAUGGCACCCUGAACACUUUUUCUGUGCCCAGUGUGGAGCUUUCUUUGGACCUGAAGGAUUUCAUGAGAAGGAUGGCAAAGCCUAUUGCCGCAAGGACUACUUUGACAUGUUUGCUCCCAAGUGUGGAGGCUGUGCUCGGGCUAUCCUGGAAAACUACAUUUCUGCCUUGAACACCCUGUGGCACCCUGAGUGCUUUGUCUGUCGGGAAUGUUUCACACCCUUCAUCAAUGGCAGCUUCUUUGAGCACGAUGGGCAGCCCUACUGCGAGGUGCAUUACCACGAGCGUCGCGGCUCGCUCUGCUCCGGCUGCCAGAAGCCCAUCACAGGACGCUGCAUCACUGCUAUGGGCAAGAAAUUUCACCCCGAACACUUUGUCUGUGCCUUCUGCCUCAAGCAGCUCAACAAAGGAACCUUCAAAGAACAGAACGACAAGCCCUACUGCCAGAACUGCUUUCUCAAGCUCUUCUGUUAGAGGCAUCCUAGAUGGGCACUAAGCAUCUUUCUGCCGCCCCCUUGGCAGUUCUGUCUCUCUGAACAUUACUGUGAUUCAGAAACCUUACCAGGCAGGGGAGGGGGGGGGGGGGGGGUUGGGGGGGUUGCUUUCUGCUGCUAUGGAGAGGCAGUAGAUUCAGAGAUGAGACAGACCAUUAAACUGGAAAUGCCCUUGCUGUGUCUCAGUAGAGAGAGGCCGAGUCCCCUCAUGACGGUGUGUGUGUGUCUGUGUGUAUGACUGACAGCUGAGCUUCACUCCAGGGCUCCAACUGGGAGAUUUACCCAGCCCCCUCUUGACAGAAGGAGUCUUUGCCAGUACUUUCAGCCUGUGUCAGCUCCCUGAGCGAUUCCUGACACUUGGAGACAGCACAGCCCUCUACUUUGACACCUCAAUCUCAGGCUUUUGUCUGCACACCUGCAGUCUGAGCAGUAGCACUGGCGAGGGCACCUGUGAUCUCAGUGCCACCCUGUGAUCUCAGUGCCACCUUGGCUCUCCUCACCAGAGCCCCGUGGCACGUGUGACUUUGAGAUCAGAGCAUCCACACAGGCAGCCAGAACCCUGCAAGGGUCUCUCCAGUUCCAUUACACUGUAAGGAGAUGAUACCACUUACUUUUUUUUUCUUCUUUUUUUUUUUUUUUUUUUUUUAGAGGAAUCAAUAUGUUGCUGUGCAGGGUGGUGUUUUGUUUUUUUUUUUCCUUAGUUUGUUAUUCCCUGUCUCUUCUCAAUGCGCUGGAGCAGGAGAAUGGAGUAAGCCCUGACCAUCCCUUAGCACUGAUGUGUGCUCCUGUGGGUGACAUCCUGUGCCAGGCACCUCCAUCAGCACCUGCUCAGGGCAUCUGCUCCCCUUGCCUGCUGCUCCUGGGAGGGAGGAGGAGACACUGUCCCUUCUUCAAAAGCAGGUGCAGAGAGGUUGGAGCACAGGCUUCUUCAUCCACCCUUGUCUUGAGCGAAUGUGACGUGUGUGUGUUCAUCUGGCCUGAAACUCUCCCAUCUAUCAGGGCCUGAAACUGUCAGGAGAGUGGGGAGAAGUGGAGAGGUUUAAGAAGCCAGGAAAAAAAAAAAAAGAUCCAAAGUUUAUAUCCUUUCUUCUUCCUCUCUUUGCUAAUGAGACUUGUCAGCCCUUGGUAUUUCCCUUUUCUGUGCUCUUGUUAAACAUGUUCUACUGAGAGAUGCUAGAGCAAUAACCUUUUAUAUCGACUGUUACUGGUGUAACAAGUCCCUUGAGUCAGGUGUGUGUGGCACACUUGGGAGUUUUCCUAUCAAAGCGAAUACUGUAUCCUGUCUUUGAUAAGAACUGUAGAUUUCUACACUGAUUUUGAAUUCAUACGUAAUUUACUUUUAAUCCUCUUAUACAGAAAUUGGUUUUGAAGUGAUUUUAAGGAAGCAACUUUUAUAUCAAGCUGUGCUGUUCUAGGCAGUAUGCCAGUUGUGCUGGCUUACUGCAUCUGUAACCUCAAUGCUUUGUUAAGCCUAACUAACAUGGAAUAUUUUCUUUUUAUUGUGGGUUGGGAGGGGCUGGAAUCUACGGGGAAGGGAACGUGACUUUUUGGUUUUGGGUUUUAUUUUUCCUAACACAGGCAGGUGAACUGUGAAUAGCUUUCCCCCCCCCCCCCUCCUUUGGGUCACCCAAAAGUGUGGGGUUUUUGGGUUUUAUUGUAACCUGUAAACUGCUGUAUUUGAAUCACCUGCCGUUCUCCCAAAGCCAGCUUCCAGGGUGUUACAGUGAGUCUUAAUAUGAGUCUUAGGGCUGCAAGGUGGGAAAGCUGAGAGCUUCACCCUCAGUUUCUCCUCUUCAGCCACCUGAAACCAGAGCUGGGCUAGCUGGGGAAGAGGGGAGUUCUUUUCUCCUGUGACUAAGGAGAAGAAACUGGGAGAGACAGACUCUGUUCCUGACUAGCUGUGUAGCUUUGGGCCAGUUGCUAAACCUUACCGUGCCUCAGUUUCCCCAUCUGUAAAAUGGGGGCAGUUUAGCCUGGAUUUGUGAGGUUAUGAUGAGGCUUAGUUCAUGUGUGCUAAAGCACUUUUAGGUCUGGAGGGUGCUAUGGAAGGGGAAAUACUGCAUUGAAAGAGCACUGCUUGGGAUGGCUUCUCCAGUGCUACAGCAAAUCCACCCCCCCUGGGCUGUGCUUUUCAGCUUGGCAGGUGCCUUAGGGGCUUGGAGGCAAUCGUGUCAGAAACCAGCCCCACUUCAGGCUGGAAUCUGCUGGUUGCUGUUUUGCUUGGGUCCCUGAAACUGUCACCGGUUUCCUGUCCAAGGGAGCUGCAGUUUGUGGUUGUGAGACCGAGGGGAGCUGUGGGAGCAGGAGAGCUGAGGCUGCAUCAGCUGGGCUCUUGGAAGGUUUGUGAGGUGGGAAACCCCUGGGGUUUGUCUUUUCAUCUUUGAAAUUGGACUUAAAAUGGACACUUCUAAGCUGCUGGAAAGGUCAGCUUCAUUUGGCCCCGCUAAGAGGACGAAAAGCUGUUGUGUUGGGGGUGCUGGAGAGGGGUGAAAAGAUGCUUCUGGCACUACCACUCGUUGUGUGGUGCCUGCAAACUGUGUAAUCAUGUGCCUCAGUUUCCUUGUCUGUGGAGUCUUUAACCUACCUCACUGCUAGUUGAGGCUUGUGGCACGUGUGGAAGACCCUGGGUGCAGGGUGCUGGGCAUUCACAGCACCCGAGGAGGGGGCUUGUCUGCCCCUCGUGCUGAACAGAUCAUGACACACCUCCUCAUGCCCUGGGUUUGUCUGGUUUCUGACUUGGGUGCUGCCCUGCCCAGGAGUGCCUGGUGGGUGCUGGAAUUCAUAUGCAGUUCUGGGGUGGCACGGGCUGUGUGAGCAGCUGGGGAGGGGGCAGCUCCUGGGUGGGGGGGUCUGUCUGUAAAGACCUGAGCUCUGCACGGAGCCCCCUGGGGAAAGGAUUCACACCAGCCCGGGCAGGGGCUGCUCUGCUGGGUCGACAGUUAUUUGAUGUCUUUCUCCCUUGUAAACUUAUAAUUCAGCUUUUUUUUCUUUUUUUUUUUUUGUUUUGGUGCCAUUUACAAUUCUUGCAGUUACGCUAAUAAAAUUUGUACCGUUA